GAAAUGUUGAAAUUUUACUCUCAAAUACGAAUUAUCAAAUUUUUUGAUUCGAUUACUAAUUUAAUUUUUGACAUUUUAUGCCCACCCCUAAUUACACCUAGCCAAAACACUUUAAACGGCUGCCAAACGACGCCUAAGGUUGUGUUCAAAAAUUGAUGACAACACUUGCCUCAAAGCCUAUAUUUCUUGCUUAGAACACUCGUUCUUAAACCCCCAUUCAGCACCUUUUGGUUGCGUACAAUACCCGCAGCACAACGUACAACUUGAGAAGGCAAUGGAUUCUAAGAUCGGAAAUUUCUUCGAGUCAGUCGGACACUUUUUCAGCGGUGGAGAUCAGAUUCCUUGGUGCGAUUCUGAUAUCGUCACUGGUUGCGAACGUGAAGUUGCUGAGGCAGGAAAAGGUUCCUCUGAUGAACUGAAAAGUGAAUGCAUCAUGCGUCUGUCAUGGGCUCUUGUUCACUCAAAGCGGCCAGAAGAUGUACAACGUGGAAUAGCCAUGCUUGAAGCUUCUCUGGGUGGCAGUAACAGUCCCAUGCAAAUGAGGGAAAAGAUUUAUCUUCUGGCAGUUGGCUACUACAGAAGUGGGGACUAUGCAAGAAGCAGGCAGCUUGUUGAGCGUUGUUUGGAGAUUGAACCGCAGUGGAGACAGGCCUUGACUCUCAGGAAAACUAUUGAAGAUAAAAUAACAAAAGAUGGGGUAAUUGGCAUUGGCAUUGCUGCUACUGCCGUUACUGCUGUUGGACUCCUGGCUGGUGGAAUUGUAGCUGCUUUGUCCCGCAAGAAAUGAUCCAUCGGUGACCACUAACAUGCAUAAAGGAACUUCCCUGCUCUGAUCAGUGUAUACAUCUGAGGCUAUCAACUCCAAUUUGCCAGCACUUAGUUUUUGAUACUUCUCUUUGUUUGUAGAAACACUGACAUACUGCAACUGAAGCAAGGAUGUAGUUGGCUUUGCUUGAUGGUCUAGCUUAUAUGUGAUAAAAAAAACCGUGACUGGUCAGCAGAAAGGACCAAUAUUUCUUUUUUUUUGA